UUUUUUUUACCAACGCCCACAAAUACAGUCGCACAAUACUCGCAUGAGUAAGAAGCCGCGAAGAAAGGAAGAACAAAAGGAACGAGCGAAUGCUCCAGGAAGUGUUAGUUUCUUGUCGGAUGUGCUAGGCUCAAUCUCUUCUCUGUUCGGCUCAGACACACCUGAAAAAGCUUCGCAUCGCAAGAGGGUUGAAAAAGUUUGCAAUUCUUUUGUGCUUAGUAAUGACGUUCUUGAGCAAGUUAUGACUGCAAUGGAGAAAUGCAUGGAUGAAGGUUUAUCAAAAGAAUAUGGUGACAAAGCCGUUUUAAGGAUGCUACCCACAUAUGUACGUGCGACGCCAAAUGGUGAAGAAAGCGGGGAGUUUAUAGCACUAGAUCUCGGUGGUUCGCACUUUCGUGUACUCUUCAUCAAACUGAAUGGAAGAGAAGCUGAAAUGAACGGAAAAAUAUACCAUGUUGCCGAGGAGUUGCGUAAAGGAACUGGUACAACGCUUUUUGAUCACAUUGCCGACUGUAUUGCAAAAUUCUUGGAGGAGCAAGGUGUUGAAUCCACGAAAAAGCUUCCUCUUGGUUUCACAUUCUCAUUCCCAUGUAAGCAACAGGGUCUCACAAGCGCAAGGCUGAUAAAAUGGACGAAAGAGUUUGAAGUGACUGGAUGUGAGGGAGAGGAUAUAUGUGCAAUACUCAAGGAUGCCUGCACUCGACGAAAUAUCAACCUUGACUUUGUUGCUCUACUCAAUGACACUGUCGGAACAAUGAUGGCAUGUGCUUUCAAAGAGAGCUCUUGCAGGAUAGGGGUGAUCAUCGGUAGCGGAACUAAUGCUUGCUAUAUGGAACAGCUUGAUCGAGCUCCAAAGUUACAGGCAGAAUUAUCUGACGAUGGUCUUCCAGAUGAGAUAGUUAUAAACACGGAAUGGGGUGCAUUUGGAGACGAUGGUAGUUUAAAGUUUAUUUAUACGGAUUUUGAUCGGCAAAUGGAUGAGAGUAGUGUCAAUCCACGUAAACAGAUCUUUGAAAAAAUGAUAUCGGGAAUCUAUAUGGGUGAACUAGUGCGAAUGGUGAUUGAAUCUUUAGCGAAAGAAGGUGUUUUGUUUGGUGGGGAAAUCGAAGCCAUUUCGCGAAAAGGCUGUUUUAAGACAAGAUUCAUAUCAGAUAUCGAAGAAGAUCUUGUCGGAGAAGAUGAAAAAACCUUUCAAACUACAAAUCGAAUACUCAGCCAGCUUGGAGUGAGGAAUCUGUAUUUUGCAGAUUGUGCCAACGUGGCUUACAUUUGUAGCGUAAUUAGUGCAAGGGCUGCUCAUCUGCUCGCAGCUGGCAUUGCAACUCUCAUAAAUAGACUGCAGCGACCUAUGGUAACCGUUGGUAUAGAUGGAUCCAUUUAUCGAUACCAUCCUCUUUUUCCAAAAUUGCUGGAUGACAAAAUUGCAGAGCUUAUUGACGAAAAUCUACGAUACAAAUUGAUGUUGUCCGAAGAUGGAAGUGGAAUUGGAGCUGCUGUAGUUGCCGCAGUUGCGGCUCGCAUGAGAGAACCGAGAGAAGAGGAACCUAGUCCAGAUAAUCUUAAAAGAGAAGAAAAUGAAAAUGUAGAAUCUUAAGGCAAAGCAUAGAUUGAUAAACUCGACAUAAUCCAAUCUAAAUGUGCAAAUUGUAGCCCACUAUGUUACAGAAUAAA